GUAGGGCGAGGGUUAGCCCGCCCCUCCCCCGUCCACCUGCUGUCCCCUUCCCCCGCGUGCCCCGGUCUGACCCUCGUCCCCUCCUCUCCCCGCCCCCCUGGCGGCGGCGGUGGCGGCGGCUGCUGUUGUCACCCACCGGGCCGCCUGUCCCGCUUGCCCUCACCGCCGCGGGGCUGGCCAGGCCAGGCCGGCCAGGCCGGGGACAGGCGGCCACCUUCUCAUCACCGCCGCCACCGCCACCACCACCAUGCUGGCGGUUCGCCCACCGCACUGGGGGCCCCAUCGCUCCCCAGCCCCCCGUGGGCCCAGCGCCAGCCCUGACCCGGGUCUCAGCGGCGGUGGCAGCCGAGGUGCAGGAUGCGAGAAGGCGCCCCCCGGCCGGGCUCCCGCUCCAGGCCUCACACCCCUGCGGCCCUCUGAGCCCACCAUGGCCGUCCCACCAGGCCAUGGUCCCUUCUCUGGCUUUCCAGGGCCCCAGGAACACACACAGGUAUUGCCUGAUGUGCGGCUACUGCCUCGGAGACUGCCCCUGGCCUUCCGGGACGCGACUUCAGCCCCCCUGCGCAAGCUCUCAGUGGACCUCAUCAAGACCUACAAGCACAUCAAUGAGGUAUACUAUGCGAAGAAGAAACGGCGGGCCCAACAGGCACCACCCCAGGACUCGAGCACCAAAAAGGAGAAGAAGGUCCUGAACCACGGUUAUGACGACGACAACCACGACUACAUUGUGCGCAGUGGCGAGCGCUGGCUAGAGCGCUAUGAGAUUGACUCUCUUAUUGGCAAAGGCUCCUUUGGCCAGGUGGUGAAAGCCUAUGAUCACCAGACCCAGGAGCUGGUGGCCAUCAAGAUCAUCAAGAACAAGAAGGCCUUCCUGAACCAGGCCCAGAUUGAGCUGCGGCUGCUGGAGCUGAUGAACCAGCAUGACACAGAGAUGAAGUACUACAUAGUGCACCUGAAGCGGCACUUCAUGUUCCGGAAUCAUCUGUGCCUGGUGUUUGAGCUGCUGUCCUACAACCUGUACGACCUCCUGCGCAACACACACUUCCGAGGGGUCUCGCUGAACCUGACUCGGAAGCUGGCGCAGCAGCUCUGCACGGCGCUGCUCUUUCUGGCCACUCCCGAGCUCAGCAUCAUCCACUGCGACCUCAAGCCUGAGAACAUCCUGCUCUGCAACCCUAAGCGCAGUGCUAUCAAGAUCGUGGACUUUGGCAGCUCCUGCCAGCUUGGCCAGCGGAUCUACCAGUAUAUCCAGAGCCGCUUUUACCGCUCACCCGAGGUGCUCCUAGGCACACCCUAUGACCUGGCCAUCGACAUGUGGUCCCUGGGCUGCAUCCUUGUGGAAAUGCACACCGGAGAGCCCCUCUUCAGCGGCUCCAAUGAGGUGGACCAGAUGAGCCGAAUUGUCGAGGUGUUGGGCAUUCCGCCCGCGCCCAUGCUGGAACAGGCACCCAAGGCUCGCAAGUACUUUGAGCGGCUGCCUGGGGGUGGCUGGACCCUACGAAGGACAAAGGAACUCAGGAAGGAUUACCAGGGCCCCGGGACACGGCGGCUGCAGGAGGACCUGGUGCUGCGCAUGCUGGAGUAUGAGCCCGCCGCCCGCAUCAGCCCGCUGGGCGCUCUGCAGCACGGCUUCUUCCGCCGCACGGCCGACGAGGCCACCAACACGGGCCCGGCAGGCAGCAGUGCCUCCACCUCGCCGGCGCCCCUCGACACCUGCCCCUCCUCUAGCACCGCCAGCUCCAUCUCCAGCUCUGGGGGCUCCAGUGGCUCCUCCAGUGACAACAGGGCCUACCGCUACAGCAACCGAUAUUGUGGGGGGCCCGGGCCCCCCAUCACCGACUGUGAGAUGAACAGCCCCCAGGUUAUACCCUCCCAGCCUCUGCGCCCUUGGGCAGGGGGUGAUGUGCCCCACAAGACACAUCAAGCCCCUACCUCUGCCUCGACAUUGCCAGGGACUGGGGCCCACUUACCCCCCCAACCCCGAUGCCUUGGACGUCCCCCAUCACCAACAUCACCACCACCCCCGGAGCUGAUGGAUGUGAGCCUGGUGGGCAGCCCUCCAGACUGCUCCCCACCUCAUCUGGCACCUGCCCCCCAGCACCCGGCUGCCUCAGCCCUCCGGACUCGGAUGACGGGAGGUCGACCACCUCUCCCACCCCCUGAUGACCCUGCCACUCUGGGGCCUCGCCUGGGCCUCCAUGGCGUACCCCAGAGCACAGCAGCCAGCUCAUGACCCUGCCCCUCCCUGGGGCCCCUCCUGAAGCCAUACCCCCCCCCCCAUCUGGGGGCCCUGGGCUCCCAUCCUCAUCUCUCCCCUUGACUGGACUUGCUGCUACCCAGCUGGGGUGGGUGAGGCCUGCACUGAUUGGGGCCCAGGGCAGGGGGUCGAGGGAGAGGGGUUUUGGCCACACCCUCCCCACUAAGACUGGACCCUUGGCCCCCUCUCCCCCCUUGUUUUCUAUUUAUUGUACCAAAGACAGUGGUGGUCCGGUAGAGGGGAGAUUUCCCCUCACCCUAGGGCCCUAGGAGGGGGUGGGGGCAGGUAGGGGGAGAUGGCCUUGCUCCUCCUUGCUGUACCCCCCAGUAAAGAGCUUUCUCACA